UCACAUCCAAUUUUUGCCAUGAUACAGCUCCACACACGAAAAGGAAAGCUCUCGAUCAAAUUAUACAAAGCAAAACCUCCCCUUCUUCAUAGCUAAUUCUUUCCAGCACUACGACCAUGGAACAAGCACAACCUCCUCCAGCCCACAUCGCGAUAUUGCCGACCCCGGGGAUGGGCCACCUCAUCCCGCUCAUCGAGCUGGCUAAGCGGCUCGUCCACCGCCACUGUUUCACGGUGACUUUCAUCAUCCCCACCGAGAGCGGCUCCCCGUCCAAGGCCCAACAGUCGGUCCUCUCCGGCCUUCCUCCCUCCAUCUCCUACAUCUUCCUCCCUCCUGUAUCCUUUGACGACCUCCCCGAGGGAACCCGCAUCGAGACCAUCAUCUCCCUCACGGCAGUCCGCUCCCUCCCGGCCCUCCGUGAAGCCCUGGCUUCCAUAGCCAAGUCGAAUCGGCUUGUCUCUCUCGUCGUGGACCUCUUCGGGACCGACGCCAUUGAUGUGGCCAAAGAAUUCAAUAUCGCCCCCUACAUCUUCUACCCCCCGAACGCUAUGUGCCUCUCCCUCUUCUUCCACUUGCCGACCCUAGACCGCACCGUCUCGUGCGAAUACAGGGACUUGCCUGAACCGGUGAAAAUCCUGGGUUGCAUACCGAUCAAUGGGGCGGACCUGCUCGACCCAGUUCAGGAUCGCAGGAACGACGCAUACAAGUGGGUUCUCCACCAUACCAAGAAAUACCCUUUGGCGGAAGGGAUUAUGGUGAACAGCUUUGAAGGCUUGGAGGGAGAGACUAUGAAGGCCCUCCGGGAGAUGCAGCAAGCCGGAAUGCCACCCGUAUACGCGGUGGGCCCUCUCGUGAACAUGGAGCCGAGCACCAACGCCGAUGGGGCAGAGUGCCUGAAGUGGCUCGACGAACAGCCACAAGGGUCCGUGUUAUACGUGUCUUUCGGGAGCGGCGGGACCCUAUCGUCCAAGCAGAUGGCGGAACUGGCCCUAGGACUGGAGAUGAGCGAGCAGAGGUUCCUGUGGGUGGCCAGGACGCCAAGCGACAAGGCGGCCAACGCGUCCUACUUCACAGUUCACGGCAAGGAUGAGGCCUUCGACUUCCUCCCGGAGGGCUUCCUCGAGAGGACCAAGGGCAGGGGGUUCGUGCUGCCGUCCUGGGCCCCACAGUCCCAGGUCCUGGCUCACCAGGCCACGGGCGGGUUCGUGACGCACUGUGGGUGGAACUCGACCCUCGAGAGCAUCGUCAAUGGCGUGCCUCUCAUCGUGUGGCCACUCUACGCGGAGCAGAAGAUGAAUGCAGUUCUGCUGACCGAAGGCGUGCGGGUCGCGCUGAGGCCCAAGCUCGAUGAGGACGGGAUCGUCGACCGAGAGGAGGUAGCAUCGGUAGUGAAGGGUCUGAUGGAAGGUGAACAAGGCAAGAGGGUGAGGUACCGGAUGAAGGACCUCAAGGAAGCGGCGGCUAAGGCUCUGAGUGAGGAUGGGUCCUCCACUGCGGCAUUGUCCGAGGUGGCUCGUAAGUGGAGCACCAACACUGAACCAUCUCCAUGAUAAAACAAAUGUAUAUUCGUUUUAUUUAUUAGGGCAUUAUUGUUAGUAUUAUUGUUAUCCUUUUUCUCUCCUCCUUUUUAUCUUUUUCUUCUUCUUUUGUUGGAUAAUUUUUCUUUUUUAGCAGAAUAAUCUAUGGUCAUAUGUGCAAGUCUUUAACUUCAACAGUAGAGUUUAUAAAUUAAUAUGUGCAGCUGCACAUUUUGUGUUCCUCACCUACCGAGCCAAUAUAAUGUACAUAGAUAAUAAUGUGCGUAGCA